AUCUCACUUACCCCCACUCAAAACAAUUCAACCCUAGUGUUUUCUUCCUACCUUUUUUUUUCUGCCUCCAAUGGCUCCCUCUGCAGUACUCUCUUUUCUCUUCAUUCUGGUGCUCUUUUCCUCCCCCCAGAUUCAAGCUAGAGAGAGCAAAUUCUUCAGCAAGGUCACACACUACAGCAGCCCUACGGAAGCUGCUAAAGAGCCUGGUUCUGAAUAUCCGGAAGCUCCAGUAUAUGCCCCUACACCCGCACCCGCACCUGGACCUGCAUCUGAACUGUUCCAAUCUGAUACCCUAGAUGGCUACGGCCUUUAUGGCCGUGGUUCGAAUGAAUUCUCCCCAGCCACUGUCAGUGAGAAUGAAGUUGUACCGGAGGAGCUAACCGAUGAGAGCUACAAGGAGUUGGCGGAAACUAGCUACUCCAACAACAACAAUAGAUACUCCACUGAAUACUACAAAAACAAUGGCCACACGACUGAGCAACAAGGGAUGAGCGACACAAGGUUUUUGGAGAAUGGUAAGUACUCCUACAAACCUGAUACAUACUCCCCCAACUCAAACAAAAAUGGCUAUUCCUCAAGCUACAGAAACAAUGGCUACUCCACAAGCUCCAGCCACAACAAUGGCUACUCCACAAGCUCCAGCCACAACAAUGGCUACUCCACAAGCUCCAGCUACAACAAUGGGUACUCAACAGAGAAACAAGGGAUGAGUGAUACGAGGUUUUUGGAAAAUGGGAAAUACUAUCACGACCUCAAUAAUGAGAAUCACUAUGUCGAUGGCUACAAUACGGAGAAGGGAAGUACUUCCAAUGAAUUUUAUUAUUCGAACACAGAGAACUCCAAUGAGUUCAACUCCAUGGAGGAGUAUCAGAGGCAGCAGGAGGAGUACCAACAAGGUCAAGAGGAGUACGUCCCAUAAGCAUUUGUCCAUGAUUAAUUAAAGAAGUUGAUAGAGGGAGAAUGACAGAGUCUUAAGACUAAAUUAUGGUGGAUUUAUAUGUGUGUUUUCAAUAGCUUUUAUUUCUGUUUGCACAUGUUUUAUGGCUUGCAAAUGAAGAAAGGACUAUAAAUCUCAA